AUGCCCGAACCUCGUCCGAAAUGUGUUAAAAAAGUACUACAUGCCGGCCGUGGGACACUGCCAGAGUAUCGAACUGGCACUAAAGCACUAUUUCACUAUGAGACGUUGAAGCCGAUAGAAGUGGUGAAACCAGAAGUUGGGAUGCCAGAGAGCAGAGACGAUUAUGCAGUAAUUGACGAUACAAGAAGUCCAUGGCCGGAUGGAUACGGAAAACCGCUGGAAUUGAUAUUUGGAAAGAAAUUCCAAUUGCCGGUAUUCGAGACUUGUUUGCGGUCAAUGUUAGUCGAUGAGCAUAUCAAUGUAUCGAAGAAUUUACGCGAUCUUUCCAAACCACACGAUAAAGGAGGCUGUCAUUCGCAUGACUCCCACAUGUGUGCAGCCGCUCUGACAGCCGGAACCGGGUAUGCUGUUUUGGACGAGUUGAUGCGAGAUCCACGUCCGCUGAGGUUCAUAUUCCACUUGCUAUCCGUGACACAACCAGAAGAGUACGAGGCCGAAAGCUGGCAGUUAGGCACAAAGGAGAAGUUGGAAUCAGUAGAAACAUUACGAUUGCAGGGAAAUCAACUGUUUUCUCAGAAAAAUUACGCCGAAGCGAUAGACAAAUAUAGAGAGGUUAGGUCGACUUGA